AUGGCGCUGCGGCCCGGGCCCGGCGCGGGGGGCGCCGGCGGGGCGGGCGGCGGAGCGGCCGGGGCCGCCAGCUUCAUGUUUCCCGUCGCAGGCGGUUUGGGCCCCCCUCAAGGGAUGAUUCCUAUGCAACAGCAAGGGUUUCCAAUGGUUCCUGUCAUGCAGACCAACAUGCCAGGGAUGAUGGGAAUGAAUUAUGGCUCUCAGAUGCCUCCUGGACCCAUGGCCAUGCAGGGUGGCAUGGCCCUGGGGCCCAUGCCAGCAGCUGGAAUGCCCUACAUGGGACAGGCCUCCUUCCUGGGAAUGCGCCCCGCCGGCCCCCAGUACGGCCCCGACAUGCAGAAGCAGUUUGCAGAGGAGCAGCAGAAAAGGUUUGAGCACCAGCAGAAGUUCUUAGAGGAGGAAAGAAAACGGCGGCAGUUUGAAGAGCAGAAGCAAAAGCUGAGACUCCUGAGCAGUGUGAAACCCAAGACAGGUGAAAAAAGCAGAGAUGAUGCUUUGGAAGCCAUUAAAGGGAACCUAGAUGGCUUUUCUAGAGAUGCUAAAAUGCACCCAACACCAGCAACACAUCCAAAAAAGCCAGAUCAUCCCACACCAUCCCAUUGUGCUGUAUCUGUUUCCCAUUCUGCUUUUCUCGAUGAUGAAGAAUUUAGUGACUUUAUGCAAGGGCCUGUUGAAACCCCCAAACUGGUGCCUCAGUCCACCUCUCAGCCUUUCCAUCCUGCCACUGAGGCUGGGCAGCUGCUUUCAGAGAGGGCUGUGCUCCAUCCUGUCCCUCCAGCCCAGGCUCCAGUGCUAUCCACCCUGCAUGGUACAGCUGGGCAGGUUCCUUAUUUUCCUACCUCUGCAUCUCCAUCCAAUACCCAUAAAACAGGCUCUUCCUUGGAGGAGAAAGCCUUAGCUAAUGGCUCAGAUGAAUCUGAACAAGAGCAAACCAAAGUUAAAACGUCCGAAGUUGGGCACAAAGCCUCGGCUGCAAGCCAAGCCCAUCCCAGUCCCACCAGCAGUGACUGGGAUGUUGUAGGUGGACAUGAAAGUGGUCCCAGUGCUGCUGCAGAGGUGCACAAGGCUUCAGAACAAAACAGAGCAGUUGAAGAGUGUGGAGUUGGAGUGUUCCCUCCCCAGGACCCCAUCCAGCAAAUGAUGCCUCCCUGGAUUUACAACGACAGCUUGGUCCCAGAGCUGUAUAAGAAAAUCUUAGAAACCACUCUGACUCCUGCUGGGAUCGACACAGCCAAGCUCUACCCCAUCCUGAUGUCCUCAGGACUGCCCAGGGAGACCCUGGGGCAGAUCUGGGCCUUGGCCAACCGCACCACGCCCGGGAAGCUCACCAAGGAGGAGCUCUACUGUGUGCUGGCCAUGAUAGCAGUGACCCAGAGAGGGAUCCCAGCCGUGAGCCCUGACGUGCUGAACCAGUUCCCGGCCGCGCCCGUCCCCACCCUGUCCGGCUUCCCGGUGCCGCUGCCCGCCGGGGUGAGCCAGCCCCCGCUGCUGCCCGCGGCUGCGCCGGCCCCCGUGGGGCUGGGCAUGGGGCCCUCCGUGAUGGGCAUGGGCAUCCCCGGCCCUGCCCCGGCCCCGGCCCCGGCCCCGGCACCGGCUGCGGCGGGAGCAGCUCCUGCACAGCCCUCCGGAGCCUUCCUGCCCUCCUACCCGCCCGGCCAGGUAGUAAAACCAGAAGAUGAUGACUUCCAGGAGUUUCAGGAUGCCUCCAAGUCUGGCUCCCUGGAUGACUCCUUCACUGAUUUCCAGGGGGAGGCAGCCAAAGCAGCCAGCUCACAGCACCGCAGCAGUGUUCCUUCUUUACUAAUGCCACUCCCAGGUACUAAGCCACUUUCACCAGCUGACAAAUAUGCUGUGUUUAAAGGAAUGGCAGCUGAGAAGCCUUCUGAGAGUGCAGCUGCUUUUGGAGACGGAGGGGACAAGUACAGUGCUUUCCGGGAAUUAGAGCAACCAGCAGAAAGCAAAUACUUGGGAGAGAACCUUGCAGAGUUCAAGCCCACAGGAGCCGACGAUGGUUUCACAGAUUUCAAAACCGCUGACAGCGUCUCCCCGUUAGAGCCACCCUCCAAGGACAAAACCUUCCCUGCACCCUUCCCUCCUCUGCCUGCUCAGCCAAAACAGCCAACACAAGCCAAGACCCCUUUGAACCUGGCAGACUUGGAGCUCUUUUCCUCUCCUGGAGAAAACAAGCAGCCGUCCUUCCCACCUGCCUUCAACACCUCAAAGCCGGGCUCCUUUCCCCCUCCACCCCUUCCAUCUGCCUCUGCCCAGCCAGCACCCAGCAAAACUUCAAGCUUAGCUGAUGACUUUGGAGAGUUCAACCUCUUUGGGGAAUUUUCUAAUGGCGCAUCAGCCAGUGGACAGGAUGACUUUGCAGAUUUUAUGGCUUUCAACAACAGCGGCGGCUUUUCCGAACAAAAGCCCGAGGACAAAUACAAUGCACUGAAGCUGGAGGCCAGCCCUGGUGCUCAGGCUGGCUCCUCAGGCAGCACAGUGAAGGGUGAGCAGAGCUCUGCCACCACUGCUACGCCCACCAAGUACGACAUCUUCAAGCAGCUGUCCCUGGAGGGCCCCGGGGCGGCCUUCGAGGAGGGCAAGGACGGCGCGCUCUCCUCGGCCAAGAGCGACGAUGACUUUGCUGACUUCCACUCCAAGUUCUCUUCCGGCGGCGCCGAGAAGUCGCUGGUGGACAAGGUGGCAGCUUUCAAGCAGGCCAAAGAAGACUCUGCUUCAGUGAAGUCCCUGGACCUGCCUUCCAUCGGCGGCAGCAGCGUGGGCAAGGAGGACUCCGAAGACGCGCUGUCUGUUCAGUUUGACAUGAAACUGGCUGAUGUGGGAGGAGAUCUUAAGCAUGUCAUGUCUGAUAGCUCUUUGGAUUUGCCAACAGUUAGUGGCCAGCAUCCACCAGCAGCAGAUGUGGAUGACUUUAAGGGCGGCCCGUUUGGAAGCUGUCCCAGUGCCGGUGGUGGCUCUGCGCUCGGCGGCCUGGCGAGCUCCGACAGGGACCUGCAGGACAGGGACAGGGACAGGAGGCUCCCCUGCGCCGCCACCGCCGUCCUGCAGAAGAAGGAGACCUUCUUUGGCAGCUCGGAGAACAUCACCAUGACCACAGUUUCCAAAGUGACCACCUUCUCCAGCGAGGACGCUCCGCAGGACGUUCCCUUCGCGCCCUUCGCCAACUUCCAGGACUCGGGGCCUGGCGACGAUGACCUCGGGGACUUUGGGGACUUUGCCAGGCUCCCCUCGGAGGCUCAGGAUGCUGCAGCAGCUGACACGGCCCUGGGCAAUGAUUUCCCCGCUGGAGCCUCCCCUGAGCUGCACAGAGAGGCCACGGAUGACUUUGGGGAGUUCCAAAGUGAGAAACCAAAAAUCAGCAAGUUCGACUUCUUGGUGGCCACUGCCCAAGGCAAGGUGAAAUCCAGUGAGGAGAUGAUCAGGAGUGAGCUGGCCACCUUUGACCUGUCUGUGCAAGGGUCUCACAAGAGGAGCCUGAGCCUGGGGGACAGAGAAAUCAGCCGCUGCUCGCCCCUGGCAGCCCUGGAGCAGCCCUUCAGGGACCGCUCCAACACGCUGAGCGAGAAGCCAGCCCUGCCCGUCAUCAGGGACAAGUACAAGGACCUCACGGGGGAGGUGGAGGAGAGUGAGAGGUAUGCCUACGAGUGGCAGAGGUGCCUGGAGAGUGCCCUGCAGGUCAUAAAGAAAGCCAACGACACCUUAAAUGGAAUCAGCAGCUCAUCUGUGUGCACUGAAGUCAUCCAGUCUGCCCAAGGCAUGGAAUAUUUACAGGGGGUUGUUGAAGUCUACAGAGUCACAAAGAGGGUGGAGCUGGGCAUCAAAGCCACUGCAGUGUGCAGUGAGAAGCUGCAGCAGCUGCUGAAGGAUAUUGAUAAAGUGUGGAACAACCUGAUCAGCUUCAUGUCCCUGGCUGCUCUCACGCCAGAUGAGAACUCCCUGGAUUUCUCCUCCUGCAUGCUGCGCCCGGGCAUCAAGAACGCGCAGGACCUCGCCUGUGGGGUGUGUCUGCUGAACGUGGAUUCCAGGAGCAAGAAAGAAGAGAAACCUGUGGAAGAGCUUCCCAAAAAAGCCUUUAAUUCUGAGACAGAUAACUUCAAGCUGGCAUAUGGAGGGCACCAGUACCACGCCAGCUGUGCCAACUUCUGGAUCAACUGUGUGGAGCCCAAACCCCCGGGUCUCAUCCUGCCAGACCUGCUCUGAGAGCAGCUGCACUGCAGGUGGAGCCUGGGGCUCACCCUGCAGCACCUGGGGUAAUGCUCUGCUGGAGGCCAGCCUUUCAAACCUUUGGGGUUGAUUUUUGGUCCAAAAAAUCAACAGAUUAAAGCCACUGCUACAGAUGGGGAAGAGUUCACUUGUAAUGGCCAAGGUUCCAGGAAUAACUGGAUAAUAUAUAGUAUGGCAUAAAGAAACAAAAGAGUGGCAUUUCAGUCUUUGUGAAGAUGCAAACGUUAUCCUGUGCAAAAGCAGCCUGGGAACCAUGUGCACAAAGCUGUGAUGGGAGAGGCCAGCAUGGAGCUUCCCUGAGAGCCUGGGGUGCUGGGCUGGUUUGCAUACAAACAACCACUGUAAUACUUGAAGUCUGCAUUUGCAAGCAAAUCUUUUCCUUAACGUUUUUGGGACCCAGACCUUGAUGUUCUUUAAGUAUUUGCUGCUGUGAUAUCACAGCACAUGAGUCACACAGCAUCCAGGCAGGAGGAAUUAUUGACUCAGGAGAAGCUGCUGGGUGCUGGUGCUUGCACUGCUCUGUGCUGGAAGUUGUGCGGGAUGCAGAACUGGUCAGUGCUGGAGGGUGGGACUGGAAAACUGCUGGAAUUUUCCCUGUGCUCUGUGCAUUCUGUAGUGCAGGCAGCUGGAGUUUCAAACUCCAGUCUUUGUUGUAAAUACAGAUAAACUUCCCUGGCUCUGUGCUGAGCUCCAGGCAGGGUUCUGUCUCUCCUGACCCUUUGGGAGCUGUGAGGCUGCAGCCCUGCUGGCAGCUGGCUCUGCUGAUGCAGCACAUCUGUGCUCUGGAGGUUCUUUCCCUUUUUUGGCUGUGGAGAUGCUGUUCCUGCUGGCAUGGGGUGGCUGUGUGUGAUCCUGCAGUCUGUGCUACCUGUAGCAACGUGUUCCUGUGACUCACAGCUGGCUCCUGCAGCAGGGAGUGGGAUUGAACAGCCAGAGGGAAUCAGCCCUGGAAGCUGGUGGUCUCAGCAAGCUGUGUUUGAGCAGGCAUUGUGUCCCUGCUGGUUUGUGGCUUUUGUAGGUGCCUCUCUGGACAGGUUUGUGUCACGGGCUCUCACUAAAAGUCACCUGUGCAUCUAAAGUACCUGGUUCCUCCUUCAGAUCCAGCAUCCAGAGGACAGUGCAGGCAAUGGAGUGCUGGUUACAGGAUUUAAACCUGGGGGAGCCUCAUGGUGUUACAAGAGACAUCCCACCCCCUGUCUGGGGCUGCAGGGAAUGAAGUGAGCUGUAAGUCCAUAGGGUGCAACUCUCUCCUUAAUUCCUUGGCUUAGUCUCUCACAUCUGUUCCUUUCCUCCAGCCUCUCCAAGCUAAUCCUGCCCCCAUUACCAGUACCUGACACUGACCUGUGGUUAUUUGCUGAAACAGAAAUUACAAUGAGGAAAACGAUGCUUUGUAUUUAAAAAAACAAGCAGGCUUAGUUAUACGAAACUAUUAAUUAGGCCAAAUGAAAGAAUCUUGGCUCAGAGGUGUCUGGCUCCUUCCUUACACCAAUUACAAUAAAUCUCCUUGCUGCCUCAAAUUAACUCAUUCAUGAAAUGCAGCCCCGUGUGCCUGCAGCUCCAGCUGAUCCAGAGGCAGAGUUCCUGUGCUCUGCUUCCCACAUCCUGCCCAGCAAUUUCCAAAAAUGCAGGAAAACAGCUCCUUGCUUCUGUCCCUUUGUUUCAUCAGGUGGGAGGGAGCUGCAGCAGCCCAGCCUGUGCCCACAGCCCUUGCUGUGCAGCACAGUGAGCUGCUGUGCCCUCAGCAGUGUUCCCUCAGGGCUUUGGGGACAGGGAGAGGCUGGAGCUGAGGGAUGGAUGCUGUGUUGGGAACAGGGAUUUUUAUGUCAGCCACCACAGCUCCCCAGCACUUUGCUAGAGAGGAUUUUCCCCCCUUAAUUGAAAGAAGAUGCCACAAAUAAGGGGCCAUGGUGUGAAGCUGUCACAGGGGCAUUUCUGUGCUGGUUUUUCAGCACCUGUCACCAGGUCAGCCCCUCUCGUGUCCUUUGGCCCAUGAAAAAGGGAAGGACAUUUACAAUUCCAGCUGCAGCAGAGCUCACUGCAGGAUGGUGACACCAUCCCUGUCCUGGUGGGGCUGGGAUGCUGCUCCCAGGGAGGGUUUGCAGGGAGAUCCCUGGAUGGAGGCAUGGCACAGCAGGAUCAGCUGCAGAUCCCAGUGACUCACUGGAGCAUUCAGCAUCCUCGGGUGCUGCUGCCAGCCAGAGCCCAAUGUCCUUCCAAGCUGUCUCCAAGGUGACAGGAUUGUCACAGCCCACCUUCCCCCACUGCCUUCCCUCUGCUUGGGCCCGAUUUCAGACCUGUAACUCCUUUUCCUGCAUGGAUUCUCUUACUGGAGAAGAGAAAUGAGGUUUUAUUUGGUUUUUUUUUAGCUAGAAAAAAGGGGCUGCCUUGGCGUGACCUGUGCAAAGUGGGGUUUCUGUCUCUGUGUGUACAUUUGCAGCUCUGAGGAUUUAUUUGCGUGGUUAUUUAAUGUAUUUAUGGCUUAGCCCCGUUGUGUUCCUGGUGCUGGGGCUGCUCCAGCCUCUGCCCUGCCUUCCCUCCUGGUGUUGGGCUGUGAGUCCCUGCAGCCCUGGGUUGUCACUGUGCCCUGGCACUGUCACCCCUGCCCUCUCCAUUCAUUCCAGACCUUUCCUGGCUGGGUUUGGUGCUGGCUGUGAGUCCCUGCAGCUCCCAGGAUGUCACUGUGUCCUGCCACUGUCACCCCCUGCCCUCUCCAUUCAUUCCAGACCUUUCCCCCUGCAGCAGCUGCUCCAGGCUGGGUUGGUGGGAGCAGCUCCUGCCCUGAAUCCCUGCAGAGGCUCAGGGUGAGGCUCUGAGGUUCAGCCCCUGCACACCCAAGGGCUGCUCAGAGCCCUGGCAGCUGCACUGGGAGCCAUAAACUUGAAACAAAACCUGUCUUUCCAAUAAAAGCUGCUAUUGUACAAACUGCUGCUUUGGAUUUGCUUUUGAUUCUGCACCUGUAUUUAAUUCCAGUUCUCAGUGUUAAAAUAGGAAUGUCAUAAUUUUAUGAAGGAGAGCAAUCAGAAAAGUUCUCUUUCUAUUGUGAUUCUUCUCCUGCCCUCUGGGCAAAUGUUAUUUUGCUUCCAGAAGUGGUUUUGUGAUUAUUAUUUGGAGCUGUUUGGGUUUGUGAUGUGCUGGACUUGCUGCUGAUAUUUUAAAUCCAGUGAGAGUAAGUGUUAUUAAUUGACUUUAGUACCUUGUUUACUCCCUUAAUUCCUGCAAUGAUUUAUAAAUCCUGUGUUGAGAUUCAAACCUGGUGUUCAAUAAAAAGCUCGUUUCAUAUCUGA